GCUGGCAAUCCAAUUUGCAAUGGUCGCAAUUACUGUGAAUAAAGACAAAAUUAGUUUGCUUCAAAAUUAUAUCAAUGCUAUCCUAACAGAUGGAAAGCAUGAAAGAAUUAAAGAUCGUAAACAACUUAAAGAUGGUCAAAAGCCUCCUCCACGUUGGAAUCCUUUUGAUAGUAAUCAACAACAACUUGAGACUGAUCUCGAUGUGGAAUAUAAGCUGAUCCUAACUGGCGCUAAAGAUGACAACGAAAGAAUCGAACGUUUCUUUAAAGUAGCUGAUAAAGUACAAGAGCAACUUAAUGAUGUCACUACAUAUAAUCCGGAUUUAAUUAAAGAUGCUUUCACCAUUUUAAUAAACAAUCACCCUGCUGCUAUUGCAUUGGGGCUCAAGACACCAUCUUUUAAGAGAAUUUCUCCAUUAACUUUGUUACCUGGACAAUCUCUGCCUUUGGGUGGGCCUGAAUCAAAAAUGGUUAUUAUUUCUUCCUUAUCAUUCAUUGAUAAUAUGGUUCCUAAUGGAAUUGCAGAUCCCGAUUUUCCAAACAAGAAUUUCGCGUAUACAAAAGAUCGUCAAGGAGAAUUGUUCAUUUGGUCGCAUAAACAAAUGUUAGCAAGAUAUGAUGCUGAAAGAGUCGCUGUUGGUCUUUAUCCUGUUGUUCCGCUAACAAACUACUAUGAUCCGAUUCCUGAAGGAUAUUUACCAAAUAAAAGUUUAAGAGACUAUGACGAAAACACUUCUCCUGCUUAUUUACAAAAUAAAUAUGAUUAUCGAUUACCAUAUUCUUCAAUUGCUAAAGAAGACGGAGCUCCUAUUGAUUUUGCUGUUGCAGCAAUCAAUAAAGCAAUUGAUUGUGGAGUCUUUUAUAAUGAUCCCGACAAACUCGGGCGUACUCUCAACCCUGAUCGUUUUAAUCCAGAUGUAGUUGAAGAUAAUGAAUGGAAAGCAAAAUAUGGAACAUUGCAUAGAUCUGGUCAUACAAUGAUUGGUAGAAUUGUUGGCAACAAGGAAGCAAAGGACGCAUUAAAAUCUAAUGCUCCAGAAGGUGUUAUCUUACAUUUUGCUACUUCCUGUAAAGAUCCCGUAUUUUACAGGUGGCAUCGUUUUGUGGAUGGAAUAUUUAAUCGUUGCAUUGAAAAAUCCAACCCUCGAACUUUCACUGAUGCUCCAGAUGUUUCCAUCAAAUCUUCCGAUAUUCUUCUUACUUUUAAAGAUCAACUUAUGAUGAUUAAUCCAGAAGGUGAAAAAGAUAGAUGGCAAAAAUAUGGUGAAGCCAACUUUGGAAAACCAGGUUUUCCAUCUACAAAUGAAUUACAAACUAGGAUGAUGUCUCGAAAUGUUAAAGGUCCAAAUAAUGAGAUUAUUCAGAUUGAGCAUCUAUUUCCUAGAGAAUUUUAUUAUUUCUUCAAGGUGAAAAAUAACGCUAAAAAGAAUUCAUAUGAUGAUAAAACUGGUCGCAUUAUUAAAGUUCCAACGGAUGCACAUAUUGCACUCAGAGUAUUUAUUGUUCCAGAGGUUUUGGCACACGAUCGUAAACAAUGGAUAGAACUUGAUAAAUUUAAAUAUACGCUUAAAGAAGGUGAAGAAACUGUCAUUUCUCAUUAUUGCAGCUGCGGUUGGCCAUAUCAUCUUUUACUUCCACGUGGAACUAGGGAAGGAAUGAAGUUUAAAUUAUUUGUAUAUAUCUCGGAUUGGAGUAUUGAUAAGGCUCCUGGAACUACUAUUGAAAGUAGUAUAAACACUUGCGGUAGAAAGUUGGAGAAUGGAAGACCAGCUAAAUAUCCAGAUUCUCGUAAUCUGGGAUAUCCAUUUGAUCGUCCCUACACAUUCGUCAAGCAACAAGACCCUAAAUCUGUGAAUAUUAGCUCAACUGAUUUCCCACGAGCUGAAAGUAACGUCCUAGAAGACUAUUGGUUAGAUAAUGUCGCUAUGCGUGAUGUUACAAUUAAAUGGGUUGAUCAAUUUAAGUGA